UGCCGACCGUGGAAGAGGUGGAUCGGUCAGAGAUGAUUCCUCAUGAAGUCUAUGGAGCUCAUUUUGGGAGCUGGACUGACUCCAUCUUCUCUGGUGUGAGACCUGGGGCUGUCUACCAUUGAAAACAAAGAGAGUCACAGCCACAUAGUGCACAGAGAGGCCAGCCCCCGCACACAACCACUGAGGGCUGGGGAAAGAGAGGAAACAAUCUCAGAGGAGCUUAGAAGUAGCACAAGGGAAUAUUAAAACCGUGGUGGCACAAUGAAGUCUAACCAAGAGCGGAGUAAUGGAUGCCUGCCUCCUAAGAAGCGUGAGAUCCUGGCUCUGGAGCAGAGGCCGGUGGUCGUAGCCACUGCUACACCCCCAGCAGCAGUGGUGGCUGAUAGUCCCCACACGGAGAACUUAGCGUGGUUGGCAAGUGUAGCCAGUGAACGCUGCAAAUCUCGGGACGCAGAGAGCCCAAGAUGUCUCAUCUCCUCGUCUUCUCCUUCCACAUCUGCACCUUCCUCGGCCACACCUCUGUCUGCAGUGCCCCUGGCGUCUCUGCCUGCGGUUUACUCCACAGCCCUCCCCCAGCAGGCUGGGACUAUCCAGUUUGCUCAGCUGGGACCCAACGUUCAGUUCAUCAGCUCCGGGCCUUAUGCCGGCUACAUCUCCUCUCACAUCAUCUCCACAAAUUCUAGCUCUGUGCCUAACAGCUCCACCAUAGUAGGACAGCGUCCGCACUUGGAUGGUUACACCACUACCCUCGUCUCCCCCAACACCAAAGGGGAGCAGCACUUUCAAAUAGGCCUCUCCCCCACAGAAUUGACACCCGUGUCGCACCACAGCUCUCCCCAAGUCACCAGCCAGUACAUCCAUCUGGACAGCAGAACACCUCUGACCGUCAGCGGAAACGCCGUCACUUCACCCCACCUCCAGCUCCAUCCUCACACAGCCGUCCUCCCACAAACACUUACCCUCACUCCCUCUCAGUUGGUGGUUCAGUAUGCAGAUGGCUCCACUGGAAAGAAGCCAGAGGGGCAUGCUAAGGGUCUACUGAAUGGGGAAAUGGAGGUGGUCAAGCAGGCAAAAGCUCCCAGUCAUCCAACAAACCAUCAGCAGGUCCAGAGCUAUGAGGCCAGACAUAUCCUUCUGCCUGCAGACUAUGGCCAAAACCCCACAGGACUCCAGACUUCCUUGGUGCUGGUGGCUCAGCCCAACCACGGAGAUGAACAUGAAGCUGGCUCAAAUAAGAUCUCCAUAGUCCAGACUGAGAAAGGAGGCAUCUGCUUGGGGAAACCAGUGUCCAGAUCCUCCUCUUUCACCUCCUUCUCUUCCUCAGAGGUGGUGAAGUCUGUUACUCCUCACACAGUCAUCCAGACCACUCUACCCUCCGAGGAGCUGCCAGCCAGCCUCUAUUCCUCUACACAGCCACCCAUCAUUGGUUAUAUCACCAGUGCAAACCAGCAUGCUGUCAGCUACCAUGCGGCGCUGCCCCAGCACCUGGUGAUCCCGAGUGGCCAGUCCCUCUUCAUCCCGGUCAGCGGCACCAAUAACGGCAUAGAAAUGGAGGUCAACCGUACUGUCAGUGCCCUGACUGCUACAACUACCCCUCAAAUAUCCACCGCCAUGCCGCAUGCAUAUCUAGCCACAGCCUUGUCCAGGUGUGAGGCACUUGGGCCAGAUGGAAAUCAACCACCCCCUCCUGCCACACAUGCUCCAGUGCUGCCAGUCCUGCCCUCAAACCCGGCACCUGCAGUGUUGGCAGCUCCCUCCCCGACUCCUGCUCCCGCCCCUGUCCCAACCUCAGCCCCAGUUUCCGUCCAAGCCCCCCCCUCCAUUUCCUCCUCCUCCUCUUCGCCUGUGGCGCUCCCUCCAUUCUUCAUGCGAGGCUCCAUCAUCCAGCUGGCUGAUGGGGAGCUGAAGCGCGUGGAGGAUCUUAAGACAGAGGACUUCAUCCAGAGUGCUGAGAUUAGCAGCGAGCUGAAGAUCGACUCCAGCACUGUUGAGCGCAUUGACAGUGGGCAAAGCCCCAAUGCUGUGGUCAUACAGUUUUCUGUGGGCGAGCUCAAAGCUCAGGUGUGUGUGGAGGUGCUGGUGGAGUACCCCUUCUUCGUGUUCGGUCAGGGCUGGUCGUCCUGCUGCCCCGACCGGACCACCCAGCUAUUUGAGCUGUCCUGCGCUAAGCUGUGUGUGGGCGAUGUGUGCGUGUCGCUGACCCUCCGCAGCUUGAGGAAUGGUUCGGGGACAGACGGUCAGGCUUUGGCGGCCAAGCUGAAGACGAGUCACCUCUCUGACUUCUGCCACAGUGUGGAUGCCACUGUCAGAAACAGUUUCAGCCCAAAUGCAGGCGGUAACAGCGGCCUCCUAAUGAAGGCGUCCAGUGGAGAGAGGCUGGAGAGGAAACAGGUAGCUGGACCAGGACUAGAGCUACCACCGGGAAUGGGACUAGUUCCAGGGUCAGCAGACGGGAUGUACGGAGCUGGACAGGUGCUGACAGUCUCAGGGACUGGAGAAGUAAGACAGGAAUCAGUGAAAACAGACAUGCCUUCUCUUACCAAACAGUGUGAUAUAGAGAGACCCGCCAUCCGCAAGAGACGCUGGUCGGCUCCUGAGAGAGACCAGACUGAGAGAGCCGAGGACGAGCCUCCUCUGACUCUGCCCAAACCCUCUUUCGUCCCUCAGGAGGUUAAAAUCAGCAUAGAGGGCCACUCCAGCACCGGGAGCGAACGCUUCUUGAGCAGAAGAGUAGACUGUUAAGAGAACUUUAAUGAAUUUGAAAUACCUGUGGUUUGCUUUGUGUCCCCCCCCCCCUUCUCUCUAUCCAGACUACUGUAAUAUAGACAGAGUUUACACAGUAUUUACAUGUUUUCUUUCACCUACGUCUGAUAUCUACGAUGAAGUACGGCAGAGCACCUUCAAAACGUGGUAUCACACAUGAGAUCAGUGCAAUCAAUGCUGAAAGCAAAAACGAAUGCAGCAUGAAUGUUGAGUAUGAAUGGCAGUGGCCUGAGAGACGUUUCACUCUUGUGUCAUGUGGCUUAAACCUGGUGAAUGCAGUCCCGUUAAUCAUUUCUCCCUUCACGUGAACGAGCGCAGACCCUGAUGUCAGCUUGUAGAAAGUGGGCAACCAUAUUUUUUUUAAUAGUUUGUCAGGUCUGUUUUGUGUUUGAUUUGAAGUGAGGUUAAUGAGUCAAAGAGAGACCUGUGGUGUUUCCGUGACAACGCUCGAUCAUCAUGACCUGUGAUUUAUGCUGUCUCUGUGUAUCUGAUGAAGUUUUCAGUUCUCUUCUGUCACUACAGUUUUUUUUUUAUUUUCACACCAUGACAGAUGUGUGCUGCCACUGUCAGUUUGUGUCACCUGUCUCCGUAAGUUUGUGUUUGUGUGUUUUUCUGUGUAGCUGUCCAACAGAGCACACGAGUCAGGUGUGUGUGUGUAAGUGUGUGUGUGUGUGUGUGUAAGUGUGUGUGUGUGUGUGUGUGUGUGUGUGUGUGUGUGUGUGUGUGUGUGUGUGGCUGGUUGCUGUGAGUUCUGUUGUCAGUGCAGCCUUCAAAUACUGAAAUGGAAAAAGGCCUGAAUGUAAACCACUGAAUUUAUCCUCAAUACUGACUCAUGAAGUCACUCAUGUGCUGUUUGCUGCACCAGUGAUGAAUAUGCUGAGAACGUGGCACCAGUGCUUUUCAAUACACGGGUGACAGCAGUUGCACAUGAGUGCAUUCCUCGGUCAACUUUACCUUGAUAGUUUGCUAAUUCCUGAUGAUUCCUUCCAAGGACACCGUGUGUUUUUUUUGACCUUCAGGCUGGCUGCCUCGUGCAGCUAUUCCAACAUGUACAAAAAGGGAAAAUGUAUUUCUGUCUUAUACCUCUGAAAGAGUUUUUCAGCCAGUCUUUGUGUGGCUUCAGCCCUCAUACUGCAAAAUAAACCGCAGUUGGCCAAACUGGAUACUCAAAUUUUUAUUUUUUGGGCCAAUGUGGGCAGCACAGCAAAUGGUUAACACAACACUGACGUAUUAUUAUUAUUACCUUUUAAACUUGAUGACAAGCAGACACACAGAGCAUCAUUAGCAUUCAUCGUUCAUCUGGGGCUGUGUUUCCAGCAGCUUGAUGAGUCUGAUGACGUCCAGCUCAUCUUCAUUUUGGUCCCGGGGGAAAAUAUCUUGCUCUGACGUUAGUGAAGUGUCCAUCUUUUUUAGAGCUUCUGUUCUGAAAACUAGAAGGUAACAAGAGCAGUCACAGUUCUCGGCAAUAAAACCAAAACAACUUUGUUGCCCUGAGGGAAACUGUAGAGUUUGCUAAUCGGUCACCAUGAGGGACCCCCUUCCACCUGAUCCCUUGUCAGUUUAUUAUUUGUAAAAUAAUGAGCAACUUAAAAUGCAAACACACCAUAAGAUAAAAAAAAAUGAUGAUGGGAACGUGGUACCUUCCCACUCCACUGAUGGAUUCUGUUGAUUUCUAUGGCCUUAGAUACAGUAUAUAAUGUACCUGGUUCACAGCAGCACAUGUUUUUAAAGAGUUUUUAACCAUUAAAACCUGUUUUCCUCAAUGAUGAUAUGUCCACACCUGGUAUAUCAGAGUACCGUCCUUGGGAUAGUCGAUUUCUCAGAGUAGAGCCAAAAUAAAAAUCCUACAGUUCAUACUCAGGAACAGUGUGUGUGUGUGUGUGUGUGUGUGUGUGUGUGUGUGUGUGUGUGUUAAUGUGUGUCCACAUGUGUAUGUUCUGAGCAGCAGCACUUUGAUGAAGCAUCCAGCAGGAUGGUGGUGAUGGCCCUGUUUCUUAUCUAUGAGAUAUAAUGAGAAGAGUAAAAUGACUGUUUGACAUCACGUUACAUAUGACACGUUCACUUUUGAGAGGAAACUAUAUUCUGCUGGGACGGAGAAUGUAAACACACGUCGGGCAAAACUAUCUCAACUUUAUUUUUGAUGACAUAUAAUAGAGCUACUAUUCACAGAGCGGCACAGAGAGUUGUAGAGCUAACUAUAGCCGGCAGGUGUUGAUCAUGUACAGUAAGUUGUAUCUAGAAUGUGUACAGUGUGUGUGUAUAGAUAUUCUAACCCUUAUGUAGCUUAUGUACUGUAUGUGCCACAGCGCCUCCUUUUUCAAUCAUUCCAUUAACUCUCCCACAUCAAGUGGUCCUCUGUUGUUUCCUGGUCAGUUCAGGUGUUAAUCCAAUGUUCAUGAAUGUGCUUCAACGUCGACAUUAUUCACACUUUCUCUGACUUGCACACUGUAACGUACAGUUUGUGUGGAUAUGAACUGCAGUUUUUCUCAUGAUAGCCAUGAACCUUUUAGAACUCCUGAAAGGUGUUUAAUUGUAAACCCAGUUACUGACUGUUCUCAUCUAUGUUCGACUGCUCAGGCUAAACACUGCCCAGUGACUGUUUCCUCUGACGGGACUGCGUGCUCUUAUAUCAUCACUGUUACAAAGUCGAGCUAAUGUUUCAUUCUUCUCUCUGUGAACUUUAUUCUUUUUUAAAGUUUCCUUACAGAAAUGGUUAUUUUUACACACCUGAAGUGACAUCACGAUUCAUCUACGAAGUGUUGGAUUGAUGCCCCAAGAAAAAGUUUGGUGUUACUCUCAGUUUUUCUUAUUGUUAAUCAAUCUCAUGAAAAGACUAAAACCAACAAUGCAUUAGUCAAACUUUUGACCCCCUCACCCUCUCAGUGGCACUCGGCCCUGAGCCCAUUCAUCCCCACUCACAAUAUACAAAUCUUUAAAAACUGGUCACAAAAGUGUACUUAAUUGUUUUAAAGGCAGAAGCCUACAUCAAACAGGUGGGGACUAUUUUCAGCUGCGGAUUGAUACAUCACAGCACCGGGAUGCUUUAUGUCGACCUGACUAAACAACUUCAAGGCCCAUGUUCAUGAAUGAUGACAAUGGACUGUAUUUUAUAUAUUGACCAUUAAAAGUGCUUCACAGUAAAGGAUGCAUUAACCCAUUCACACAAAUUCAUACAGUCCUUAUGUACGUAGCCCUUUUACUAUCACUUCAUUCAAACACAGCUGUCAGACAUUCAGAGUCACCUCAGGAUGCAGACUGGAGGAUUAAUCGAUGAUCCGCUCGACCAUCCUGGCCACAGCCACUCUCUUCCCCUCUUCCUUGUCUUUUCUGGUCAAUGUCACAUCAGAGUAGUAGAAUGGAUCAGGCUUAGUUAGAUUAGUUCAUUGUUGGCUGUGGUCUUUUUAUGGGAUUUGUUGACAUAAUUCAAAUAUAAAAUAAUGCUUGACUUAUCAUUUGCAGUCCCACGCACCCACACAGCUUUUCCUGCUGGUUAGACCUCAGGUUGAAUCUGGGAGGAGUUGUGCUCAAAAACAGUCGAACAUUGGCCUGCCCUGACGAGGACCAACAACAGUCAAUUGUGUUGAGAGGAGGUGACAGCAUUCAAAACAAAUGUGUGGGUGGAUCACAGACGUAUAGAAACUUUAAGUUGGACCCCAAAAUCAGCCUGUUGGAAAGGAAAGGCUUAGUAAACCCUGAAAUUGCCUGAAUUAGGCCCAUUCAAAUACAAUCUUUAAGCCUUUCUAAAUACUGUAGGACAUGGUGUAAGCACCACCAUGUGGUGAUCUAUGAAGUUGCACUUUGACAUAUAGGGUGGGGGUGUUUUGGUUACUAAUACACGUAGAUAAAUGUACAGCAUGACUGAGAGAAAUCGUACACUAAACAGUACAUCUCAGCGAUUUGUAAAUAGCCAAAGUCUUCCAUUAUAAUGUUGGUAUGACCUUUGUCGCCAGUGGAGAGGAAAUACACUGAUCCCCAUGUACAGACCUUUGAAGUGAAGUUUACGUUCAAGAAUACGUCAUCGUUCAUUUGACAGAAUAAAGGAUAUUGCUUCACCUAAGACAUUUUCUUUUGCACUAGCUCAACAACCCAGGAAAUGAUGGGAGAAAAACACUUUAAAAAAAGAAAGGAUUUUGUAAUUUGGGUUUGUUUGCUGGAUAAAUCUAAGUUACAGUUUGUCCCACUAUCGUACGUAGUAAGUAUCAAUAAUGUUCCCUAUUUUGAUGGUGUUGAGGUUCGCUAGUCAGAAACUGUUAAAUCUUUACUGCAAAUGUUGGCUUUUACAUUUGAUCAAAUAUAUUCAAAGAAAUAA